UCCAGCUAGGCAGCUGGACCCAGGAGCAGAGGGCCCAGAGGGCACAGGAAGAGGCCAGCCCCUCUGCUGCAGCCAGGAUGGGUCUGCGGGUAGCUCAGACAGGCUUCGUGGUCCUGGUGCUGCUCCAGAGCUGCACCGCGUACAAACUGGUCUGCUACUACACCAGCUGGUCCCAGUACCGCGAGGGUGACGGGAGCUGCCUUCCAGAUGCCAUCGACCCCUUCCUCUGCACCCACAUCAUCUAUAGCUUUGCCAACAUAAGCCACGACGAGAUCGACACCUGGGAGUGGAACGACGUGACGCUCUAUGACACACUGAACACACUCAAGAGCAGGAACCCCAACCUGAAGACCCUCCUGUCUGUUGGAGGAUGGAACUUUGGUUCUCAAAGAUUUUCCAAAAUAGCCUCCAACACCCAGAGUCGCAGGAGUUUCAUCAAGUCGGUGCCACCAUUUCUGCGGACCCACGGCUUUGACGGGCUGGACCUAGCCUGGCUCUACCCCGGCCGGAGGGACAAGCGGCAUCUCACCACCCUGGUCAAGGAGAUGAAGGCAGAGUUUGCAAAGGAAGCCCAGGCGGGGGCAGAGCAGCUCCUGCUCAGCGCGGCCGUGUCUGCAGGGAAGGUCACCAUCGACAGCGGCUAUGACGUGGCACAGAUGUCUCGAUACCUGGACUUCAUCAAUAUUUUGACCUAUGACUUUCACGGAGCCUGGCGUCAGACCACCGGACAUCACAGCCCCCUGUUCCGCGGCCAAGAGAGUGCAAAUUCUGACAGAUUCAGCAAUGCUGACUACGCUGUGGGCUACAUGCUGAGGCUGGGGGCCCCGGCCAAUAAGCUGGUGAUGGGGAUCCCCACCUUUGGGAGGAGCUUCACUCUGGCCUCUUCCAAGACGGAUGUGGGAGCCCCAAUCUCGGGGCCUGGAAUUCCAGGCCGGUUCACCAAGGAGGAGGGGACCCUCGCCUACUAUGAGAUCUGUGACUUCCUCCGUGGAGCCACUGUUCACAGACUCCUUGGCCAGCUGGUCCCCUAUGCCACCAAGGGCAACCAGUGGGUGGGGUAUGAGGACCAGGAGAGCGUCAAAAGCAAGGUGCAGUACCUGAGGAACAGGCAGCUGGCAGGCGCCAUGGUGUGGGCCCUGGACUUGGAUGACUUCAGGGGCACCUUCUGCGGCCAGAACCUGCGCUUCCCUCUCACCAGUGCUGUCAAGGACGCACUCGCGGCUGCCUAGCCCUCCCUCCUGCUGUGCACAGUGGGCAGCCCUUGCCCCUCAGCUCCAAAGGUCAGGAGCCUGGUCACCUGCCCUGCUGAGCCUCAGUCUCCCUCCUUUGGACCCCAUGCAUGCGGGGGGGCCACAGCUCUGGGAUCUGAGCCCAGCUCUGGUGACAAGCAGGGAGUGGUCAGGCUGCAGCUGGUUAGGGCCUGGAGACCAGCACAGUGUGAGACACAGGGUCAGCACACACCCUGUGGAUGGAUGAAAGUGCCCAGUGCCCCUGAGCCCUGCCCCACACAAGGGGAUUUCUUCAGCUCCCACACCCCCAGGCCUCCUCACCAAGGGACAUCAUUUUGGCAAGCUCUACCACCAAGCAGCAAACAUCUUAUGAGAAACAGCAGCCACACUAAUCACAGCCUCUGCAAAGCCCAACUUAGGACCUUCACCCAGGAACACAGUCAUGUCUCCUGCCCACGUCACCUUCCUAAUUCUGCAGCUGCUCAAUAAAGCACCCA